AAUAUUUGAACAUGUUGUUGUCACCGGAGUUUCAGACCCAGAAGAAGAUGAUGAAGUGAUCAGUGUCCCCAACGGUGGAGCUGUGGACGGAGAUUUCGCUCUCGGGAGAAUCGGCCGGCGGCGUUAUCGUCACCGGAUUAUGAGACCCAGAGAAAAAAAAAUCAGCCAUGGAAAUAAGGAAGGGUAAUCAGGUCUUUUCCCCUCUCAAAAGUCCAAAACCCCCUAAAACCCUCACUUCGAUUUCAGAGUCUCUCUCUGCUACAUUUCGCCGGAGCUCGAUCGGCGUUCAAUCGCCAUGUCGGGAUUCCAGUUCGGAUCUUCCUCCUCCCAAUCUUCUUCUUCUUCUUCUGCUUCCCCAUUUUCUUCAAGCUCUGGAUUCGCAUUCGGAUCCACCUCCACCUUCUCUUUCGGAUCAUCCCCUUUCCCUGCAACAUCCUCCUCAAACCCUUCCCCCUUGUUCGGUGCUCCUUCGUCUGCAGGUAGCUCAGGUGGGUUAGCUUCUUUCACGUUCGGGACUGCCCCAUCGGCCGGGAGCUCAUCUGGCUCCCUUUUUGGGGCUGCUCCGGCCGCCGGCAGCUCAUCUGGGUCCAUGUUUGGGGCUGCUCCRUCCGGGAGCUCUGCUUCYUCCGCCGGGAGUUCUUCUUUUUCUCUCUUUGGGGCUGCCCCAUCUGCAGGGGCCUCGGCGCCAUCCUUGUUCGGAGGGGCGUCUUCUGCACCCACUACAACUCCGGGAUCAGCUUUGCCUGGCGCAUCUGCGGCCGCUUCUGGUUCUAUUUCGCCUCUGUUUGGGACAGCUUCAUCUUCAGGAAGUUCAGGUUCAGCUUUGUUUGGGGCUUCGUUAUCCACGAACAGUUUGGGGUCAAAUCCCUUCGGUACAUCUUCAUCGGGCUUGUUUGCGUCAUCUACAUCAUUAGCAUCGACCUCUCCGUUCCAGAACUCUUUUUCUUCAAGUUCUUCCCAAAAUUUAAGUUCGUCUUCACCAUUUGCGGCUUCUUCUUCUUCUGGAUUUUCGUUUCCGACCACUUCUUUUUCCAAAGCUACUACUAGUGUCACUGCAUCUUCUUCUUCUUCUCCUCUUACAUCAGCUUCAACUAGUUCGUUGAGCUUCUCAUUCGGAACACCUGCUUCCUCAGCGUCUCAAUCUUCCUUUGGGUUUAGUAAUAGCAAUGCAGCAUCAACGGCGGCGUCUGCUGCUCCAGGGACUACUGCUACGAAGCCUACUUCUCUAUCGUUUUCGACUUCUGUGGCACCUUUAUUCUCUACGGUUACUACUACCAGUGCUUCAACUCCAACUGCCAGUAGCACAACUCAAUCAUCAUUCUCUGUGCCAGCUUUUAGUUUGAGUUCUUCAGCUGCUACUACUAUAUCCACAGCAGCAUCCUCCACUCCCUCAGCUGCUUCCUCAGGUGCUGCAAGUUCAUAUACAGGUUUUGGUGUCACAAACACAGCUUCUUCAUCAAGUGCAAUUGUUUCCUUAUCGUUGCCAACCAAAACACUGACUGCUUCUUCAUCAUCGCAAGCACCAGCCUCUUUUGGUUUCCCUUCUUUGGCUUCUGCUCCCACUGCUGCUACCACUACGUCUGGUUUUAGUGCUCCAAGUCAGAGUCAGACUUCAUCAACUCUUGUUGUCGCAUCCAGUAGUAGUGGUACAACUUCACCAGUUAGCGCUGCAGUGUCUACUACUACACCAAAACUACCAUCUGAGAUAACAGGGAAGACUGUUGAAGAGAAAGAGGCAUCCAUAAGGGAUCUAUGGGAGGAAGAAUCUAGCUGCUGGAAUUUGGGUCUUAGAAGACAUUUAAAGGAUGAAGAAAUUGCUGACUGGGUGUUUCUCAACCAGCAGCUCUCUGCUGUCCAUUUGUUCACAAGAGCUGACAUCAUGAUCAUCAAAGAGUGGAAUGCAGAGCUUCAAGAGCGUACUGGGAAGUUUCGGAAGCAGGCCAAUGCUAUUACUGAUUGGGAUAGGAGGAUUUUGCAAAAUCGUGAUAUCCUCCUUAGACUUGAGAUCGAAGUUGCAAAGGUGGUUGAGACCCAAGCUGAGCUGGAGAGGAAGUUGGAGCUGAUUGAAACUCACCAACAAGAGGUUGAUAAGGCAUUGUUAAGUGUGGAAGAAGAUGCUGAGCACAUUUACAAGGAUGAACGUGGUUUACUUCUUGACAAUGAAGCUGCAUCAACAAGGGAUGCAAUGUAUGAGCAGGCUGAAUAUAUUGAGCGGGAACUAGAGCAGAUGACAGAGCAAAUCAAAUCAAUUAUCCAGACCCUAAAUGCAAACCAGGGAGGAGAACUUGAUGUGAUUGAUGGAAUGACACCGCUAGAUGCAGUUGUUCGAAUUUUGAACAAUCAAUUAAGUUCUUUAAUGUGGAUCGAUGAAAAGGCCGAAGAGUUUUCUUCACGUAUUCAGAAGAUUGCUGCUACUCAGGGUCCUGCUGCAGAUCGUGAACUGUUGGGUCAGAAGUUUUGGAUGUCUUGAUUUGUAAGCUGCUUUUCAUUUUAACUGUUGAGAAAAAUGCUUCUAAAUUUAGUGCACACAGGCCUUAACACAUACACUUUUCUGGUUCUCUUUUUGGCUUUUGCUGAACUGAGAAUCGUCUAAUUGCCAAUUGUAGACAGAAAAUUUGUCCCUUUUUUGUCUCACAAAGAUGUAUGUAACCAUUUUUUCUGCUUAAAAUUUUUAGUUUUUAAUAGACA